CCCUCAGCUUGUGAGGCCGCGCGCUGGCGGGUCCCGCGCUGCCCGGCGGGAGGGGCGGAGCCCGCGUCCCUCCUCCUCACCGGUCCGCAUCCUUAAAACACGAGUCCGGACGCCCCGCCUGUUGGAGCGGGGGCCGGGAUAAGGCCAGCGAACAGCCAGGGCAGGCCAGGCCUGACCGAGGAGGGCCUGAGGCCACGGAGCAGCCGCGGCUGAUACGCCAGUGUCUCGGCCUCGACCGAGAGGUUGCGGGACCUGCGAGGGGAGGGGUCCCGGGCGCCAUUGCUGACCGUCAGGGCGCCGCCGGGUCCCUGUUCACCCUCGUCUGCUCUCCCCUGGCUGGGAGGAGCAGUAGCUGGGGGCCGUAGCCAGCCCCUGGCCGGGACCCGUGAAUCUGGUGCCUGGUCUGCCGGCCGCACAGGGCCGCCGGGCCGAGACCAUGUUUGACAAGACGCGGCUGCCGUACGUGGCCCUCGAUGUACUCUGCCUGUUACUGGCUUCCAUGCCUUUGGCUGUUCUAAAUUUGGGCCAAAUAUAUCCAUAUCAGAGAGGCUUUUUCUGUAAAGACAACAGCAUCCAGUAUCCGUACCAUGACAGUACCGUCACAUCCACUGUUCUCACCAUAGUGGGGCUUGGUUUACCCAUUUCCUCUAUGAUUAUUGGAGAAACCCUGUCUGUUUACUGUAACGUCUUGCACUCUAAUUCCUUUAUCAGGAAUAACUACAUAGCCACUAUUUACAAAGCCAUUGGAACAUUUUUAUUUGGUGCAGCUGCUAGCCAGUCCCUGACUGACAUUGCCAAGUAUUCAAUAGGCAGAUUGCGGCCUCACUUCUUGGAUGUUUGUGACCCAGAUUGGUCAAAAAUCAACUGCAGUGAUGGUUACAUUGAAAACUACAUAUGUCGAGGGAAUGCACAAAAAGUGAAGGAGGGCAGAUUGUCCUUUUACUCGGGCCACUCUUCAUUCUCCAUGUACUGCAUGCUGUUCGUAGCACUUUAUCUUCAAGCCAGAAUGAAGGCAGACUGGGCAAGACUCUUACGCCCCACACUGCAAUUUGGUCUUGUUGCUGUAUCCAUUUACGUGGGCCUUUCUCGAGUGUCUGAUUACAAACACCACUGGAGUGAUGUGUUGACUGGACUCAUUCAAGGAGCUCUGGUUGCAAUAUUAGUUGCUGUGUAUGUAUCAGAUUUCUUCAAGGAGAGAAAUUCUCCUUUUAAAGAAAGAAAAGAGGAGGAUUCCCAUACAACUCUGCACGAAACACCGACGACGACGACGAUGACGACGACGACGACGACGACGACGGGGAAUCACUAUCGGAACAAUCACCAACCAUGAAGGUGACAGAAUGAAUACCCAGAUGAACCUGGCCUGCUUUCUAAAGGAGAAUGAUUGCAACCUGAAGGCAAGAAGAUGUGUCUUUCUUGCUGGUGUACAAGCCUUUAAGGACUGCUGCUGCUAUACCUUGGAUGCCCACUUUACCUGUGUGUAUAUAGAUACAUUUAACACAACGGUUAUCUAAUAGCUCUAAGUUCAUGAAAAAAAUUCAAGCCUUCCACUAAAACAAUACCCCACCUGUACAUUUUUAUUAAAAAAAUGUAAUGCUUA